AUGUCUCAGCGGGACGAGUUGCUGAAGUCCAUCUGGCACGCGUUCACGGCUUUGGACGUGGACAAGAGCGGAAAAGUGUCCAAAUCUCAACUAAAGGUGUUGUCACACAACUUAUGUACUGUCAUGAAGAUCCCUCACGACCCUGUGGCUUUGGAAGAACAUUUUAAAGAUGACGAUGAGGGGCCUGUCUCCAACCAAGGAUACAUGCCUUACCUUAACAAAUUCAUCCUGGACAAGGCAACAAACAACUUUGACCGGCAGGACUUCGACUGGAUGUGCUGGACUUUGUGCUCCAGGAAGAACCUGGACCAGGCCAACUUGCUCAUCUCCAAUGAAGAUGCCUUCAAAAUCUGGUGCAUCUUCAACUUCUUGUCAGAGGAUAGUUACCCGCCAGUCAUCGUCACAGAAGAGAUAGAGUACUUCCUGCGCAAGCUGACAGAGGCGAUGGGGGGCAGCUGGGUGGAGGAGCGCUUUGAGGACUACAAGCUGCAUAUGCUCUCUCAGCAGCAGCAGCAGAGCAUCAACGUAUGGCAGCUGAUCACUCUGGUAGGCUCCGGACACUUCAGCAAGGGCAUGGACCGACAGACCCUCUCCAUGGGCAUCCACGAGCUCCACCAGGAGCUCAUCCUGGAUGUUCUCAAGCAGGGCUACAUGAUGAAAAAAGGCCACAAAAGGAAGAAUUGGACGGAACGCUGGUUCACACUAAAGCCUAACUCCAUCUCCUACUAUGUGAGCGAGGACCAGAGUGAGAAGAAGGGCGACAUAAUGCUAGACGAACACUGCAGCGUAGAGCCUCUAGCGGACAAGGAUGGCAAGAAGUGUCUAUUCUUCAUCAGAUCAUCACAAAAGAGUUUUGAAAUCAAUGCGUCGGACAAGAAAAAGAAGCAGGAGUGGAUUCAGGCUAUCCAGACCUGCUUAAACCUGAUGCGAGCAGGCCGUCCGGCGCCACACCGCGAGUCACGCCACAAACGGCGCGAGAUGCGCCUCAAGCAGAAGGCCGACCAGGAAGAGCUGCAGACCAGGAUGAAGGAGCUACAGACGGCCAACGAGGCCAAGCAGCACGAGCUUGAAGACAUGAGGAAGGCUCUCGACGAAGCGGCAGCUAAUGCGGCGGAGGAAGAGCGACGGCGCCUUCAGACCCAGGCCGACCUUCAGGACCGCUACAGGGUGGAUCUGGAGAGAGAGAAGAUGGUGAGGCAACAAAUGGAGGAACAGGUAGCCCAGAAGUCCACAGAACUCGAGCAGUACCUGCAAAAGGUCCGCGAGAUGGAGGACAUGUAUCGGCAGCUGGAGGAUGCUUUAGAGGAUGAGCGCCGUGCUCGCCAAGAUGAGGAGACAGUCCGAAAGCUGCAGGCCAGAUUGCUGGAGGAGGAAGCGGCCAAGCGGGCCGAGCUGGAGCAGAUCCACCUGAGGCAGCAGCAAGCCAUCUCAGAGACAGAGGCCGAGAAGCAGGAGCUGCACAAAGAGCGGCUGGCCAAGGACAAUGCUCUGAGAGACGCCAUGACGCAGCUGCAGCAGCUAGAGCUGGAUAGGCAGGGGGUGCUGGAGCAGUACCAGACGGUGAUGAAGAAGCUGGAAGACGCCACCAACAACACAAAAUCGUGGAAGCACAAAGUGGCUGAACAUGAGGGGUUCAUGCGCCUUAUUCAGCCAGGCUCCAAGGGACAUCAGAUGAUCACAAACUGGGGCCCGGCUGCGUUCUCUGAUGCUGAGCUGAGCCUGAGGGAGAAAAAAUGGCAGGAAAUGAAGAACCAGGAAACGCCGGCACAGUAA